AUGAGCGACAAUCCUUUCUUGUCACCCUUACAAGGAUCUCUUCAUACCCUUCAACGAGUGGGUGUAAUAUACUGGCGAUCUUCCUCAGUCCGCUUGUUUCUAAAGCUUGCUAUACUCUUUGUGGUUCCCGCGACUUGUCUCUUGCUGGCGUUGGUCUAUACCGCGCUGCACAAGGUUCAUUCUCGACAGCAACAGCAGCCGGACAAUGGAGGAUUUAUGGAUCAAUUUGGAUACUAUGCCGCAGUCUUGGGUUCCGAGUCGUUGAUCCGGUCUACCCUAGGAGCAGUGGCAGAUGGUGCAAUUGCCGUGGCCGUUGCGGAUAUUUAUUUGCAGCGACAUCCCCGAUGGUUCACAUGCUUGCAACGAGCGUCCUCAAAAGUGGUUACACUACUACUAGCUGGAACUGUGGCGGGAAUUGCCAUUGUGCUGGGCUCGUUCUGCUUUUUGGUGCCUGGAUUGUUUCUGAAACUGAAUUUCUUAUUGGUGACGCCUGUGAUUGUAUUGGAAGAUGAGAUUUCGGUUCUUUCUGCCUUGGGGCGAUCUUGGGAUUUGAUCAAAGAGCAUCGGUUAUACACGGUCAAGUGCUAUCUAUCACUCUCAUUUUUAUACUAUCUCAGUGCAUGGAUUCUACAUCAGAUUCUUCUAAAGAAGGACGAUCACGAGUCUCGUCCCUUUUAUACCUUGACCUUUCAUAUGCUGGCAUCACUCCCCAAUUCAGUCUUUGUUCCUGCCUUUGGUAUUCUAAAGACGGUGAUCUACAUCCACUUGAUGGUAGUCAAGGAGAACCUGACGGAAGAUGGACUUUCCAUUCAAGUGGAUCAAGGCAUGACGUCAACGACUGUACCGCUCUUGAGUGACGAACAGAAUGAGGAAGAUCCAGAGGUAAUAUUUUAUGAGGAACAACACCACACAAUAUUUGAUCCUGUUUCUGGAGAAAUUCCAUCGACACCCGAACGAAGCACAGUUCAGACCGCAGAAGGAGCAAGUUUGUUGUUUCAGACUCCAAAUUCGUCUGCUUCCUUUUCAUCAUCAUGA